UUCUUGCGGCAUUAGUUGGUGCGGAUUUCGGUUUUCGUCAUGUUCAUCUUUAAGUUGCUACUUUGCUGCCUUCUACUAACCACCCAGAGUGGAUGGGCCUUUAAUCAUGGCCAGGAUCUAGUGGACUUUCAAACUUACGAGGAUGACUUCAACAAGACCUAUGCCUCGACCUCGGCGCGUAACUUCGCCAACUACUACUUCAUCUACAACCGCAACCAGGUGGCCCAGCACAAUGCCCAGGCGGAUAGGAAUCGCACCAGCUUCCGCGAGGCGGUCAAUCAGUUCUCGGACAUCCGGCUGAUCCAGUUCGCAGCCCUGCUGCCCAAGGCCGUGAGCUCGGUGACCUCGGAGGCCAGUGAUCCUCCCACCAGUCAGGCGGCAGCCGCCACCUUCGACAUCAUCACGGACUUCGGACUCACCGUAGAUGUGGAGGAUCAGGGCGUGAACUGCAGCAGCAGUUGGGCCUACGCCACCGCCAAGGCCGUGGAGAUCAUGAAUGCCGUGCAGACGGCCAAUCCGCUGCCCUCGUCGCUGUCCGCCCAGCAGCUGCUGGACUGUGCGGGCAUGGGCACCGGAUGCACCACCCAGACGCCCCUGGCUGCCCUCAACUACCUCACCCAGCUGACGGAUGCGUAUCUGUAUCCGGAGGUGGACUAUCCGAAUAACAAUACCCUGAAAACGCCGGGAAUGUGCCAGCCUCCAUCCUCCGUGUCGGUGGGCGUGAAGUUGGCCAGCUAUUCCACGGUGGCCGACAACGAUGAUGCCGCCGUAAUGCGCUACGUGUCGAAUGGAUUCCCCGUCAUUGUGGAGUACAAUCCGGCGACCUUUGGAUUCAUGCAGUACUCCAGUGGCGUCUAUGUGCAGGAGACGCGUGCCCUCACCAACCCGAAGAGCUCGCAGUUCCUGGUGGUCGUGGGCUACGACCACGACGCGGACUCCAACCUGGACUACUGGCGCUGCCUGAACUCCUUCGGGGAGACGUGGGGCGAGCAGGGCUACAUCCGGAUCGUGCGCAGGACCAACCAGCCCAUUGCCAGGAAUGCCGUCUUUCCCAGUGCGCUUGCCUAAAAGGGAUUCAUU